GACACGCCCUCCCCCCUCCCCCCUCGCCGACCUCUUCGCCGCCGUCGAGAUCCGCUCCUCCCAGCCUCCCCGCCGCGGCCGGAGAGGGUUGGUAAUGCUAUCGAGAUACGUUCGAUCUGCAGGCGAGCAGCGCGGUGCGGCAGUUUCGUGGGCGAUGGGGCGGAUGGGGAGCGACGCGCAGUUCUACGACGACCGCGACCGACCGACGACGCCUCCGUAGACUCCCGAUUCGACGCCGACAGGUCGACGCGCUCUUCCCGCAGCUGGUCAAGAAUGGGGCGGCGGUGGGGCAGUCGUCCGAGAUGAAGCUCGUCUACCUCUAACUGCUCCGAGACCCGGAGAAGCGAGCCAACCUUUUCCUGGUAACAGAGCCAGGUCGGAGUAAUCACGUGCCAGAAUAAAGCUCUCCUUUCCAUUAGCAUAUUCAAGAAUGAUUUAUCACACAUAAAGGUGACGUCUUGGGCCUUACACGCCAUGGCUUCAGAUUGCAUUCGUUGCUCUGAUUGUAUCAGACUAUCUGUUGAUGUAAAGAAAUGUCUCAAGGAUCCAUCGCCAUAUGUUAGGAAAUGUGCGGCAUAUUCAUGUGCUCUACAACUUGCUUCCAGAGGAAGACACAACUUUGGAGGAGAUAGUGAAAAUUCCCCUCGAGUAGUGGGAGCUGCUGCUGUUGCAUUUAGGUCGGCUUGUCUGAAUCGACGGCCUCAGACUCCAGCCGAUGCAGUUGCGACCCUGCCUCUAGAUCAGCUCGCCAACCAACCAGUUGCUGCUGUCUUCAAUCAGUCUCCACAAUCCCCGACAACCUCCGGCCGUCAUCAGCAUCAUGCUCCAGCCACCACUCAUCUUCUACCCUGUUCAUCUACUACCAUGUCCGCCAUACACCUCAUGCACCAACCCUAGCAGUGGGUUGAGUACAGCCUCGAUGGCUCAUGGACCACACACUCCUGGCUUGCUUCCAGAUGCUUCAUAGUUCAUCACCCACAAAGCUAGCUCCCAUGAAGCUAUGACUCGACACAUGCAACCAGUGGGUAUGUUCGUGAGAUGCAGAUGAAUGACUCAAAUUUCCGUUCACUAUUUGAUGACCACAUCAAUUCAUUGCUAGUUACUACAAAAACAUUUCGACGAUGGUAUUGCGAAAGCUGCAGGGAUAAAUUGGAACCAUUAUAUAAUAAUACCAGCACACCAGCUAGAAUGUUGAAUGGAUUUGCACGAGGACAACAUGACGUCCCCAAGGAAUUAUCGCAAGAGAAGGGUUCUGAGGAAUGUCGUUCACCUUCCUACAAUAUAGAAUCCAUGAAAGUAGAUCGAGUUGUAAAUGAUUCAUAUGAGUCAACACCGAUUAAUCAGAAGAACGGUGCUGCAAAAUGUCAUUCACCAGUGUUCAAAACCUACAAGAGAAGGAAGAACACCAAAGUGCACGAAGUUAUAAAUAAUAGUUCUUUUGUGGAAUAUCAAGAUACCUCUGGCAUGGCUUCAACUUUUGCCCAUGCAUUACCGUCUUCGAGCAGUUAUAAGUCGGAAAAGGCAGCACAAAUAAGUAUUGAACCCCGGAACCAGAGUGCAUUAAAUCUGAUCCAGGUAAAUGGUUCCCGAUCCAUAUUAGAAACAAAGGCAGGAAAUAUGUUUGAUCCAAGAAUGUCAGGACCUUCGACGGGUUACUAUACAAGUGACCAUAUGCAGGGAAGACAUCUUCAUGGAUCAGUAGACUUGUGGAAGCACACAUGCUUCACACAAUGUGAAGCGUCUACAGGGAACAUGCCAAGCCGUUGUCUACUUCCUAAUUCAUACCAUUUGCAUGAUCAGUAUGAUGUAGAAAAUUUCAUAUGGUACAGAGACAGCAACAUCAUCAAUGAAAGUUGUGCACCGACCAUGGAUAUUUCUGCAAAGUAUCAACAUCCACAUUGUCCCAGUAAACCAUUUCGCCCUGUUCCUAGGAUUGGUGUGCUCAGUCCCAUGUUGCAGAAAGAAGUCACAACAUAUUCAGAGAGCUGCGGAACACAGUCUGGCUACCGACUAGGCAUGUCUGAGGAGGAAAUGCCUUGCCAGAUGUACAGAGGGGAAAACUCGGCAUCAAGCUCACAAAAAUUCCGGGCAACGUACAACCCCCAACAUUUGGGUCAUGUCAACUCUGUUGGAAUACCAAAACUUCUGCCGGAGAGGGAGAAUUCACAUUCAAGCAAAGGCAAAAGCAAAAUGGUAUAUUCUUCGGACAAAUCUGCACAACAGGAUAUAUGUGCUCAGGCUCUGUCUCUCUCUGGUGUGGCCACAAAUGCUGCAACUCGUGGAAGGAGUUGAAAGUUACAUGGUGAAGGCAUGUAACCUUGCAUGUGCCUUAACGUGUCAAGUGCAUAAUCUUUUUUGUUUGAAAGCGCAUACAUGUUUUUGGUUGUCUUGUCAAGUUGUGUGGAAGGAGUUGGAUUAUUACCAUAGUAUGAGUUGGUUGUCUUGUACUCUAUAGUGUUUUGACAUGUAAUGUCUCGGAGUCGGGUACCAAACGUGGGUCGUUGAAUAAGUGUAAUUUGUACACCUGUGAAUUGAUGUUUUUUCAUCCUUCCAAGA